AUGGGAGACCGAAACGGGUGCUGCAUAGCUCAGGCUACACAUGAGGCGGUGCUGAAGAAGCAUGGUGUGUUGGACGAGGCGAAUAAGCUAGUGUAUGGUCGUCAUGUUCCAGUUGGUGAUCGUUGGGAGGGUGUGUAUUUAGACGACCUGCUGAUCACUCAGAAAGUGUCCAUGCCUUACAACAUCCCUUUGGACGGCACGUUCAUACCUCCGGUCGCCCAGGCCGGUGAUGAUGACAUGGUGCAGGUCGCACGGGCCGAACAGGCCUAUGAGCAGGCUAAGCUGCAGCGGGCUGUUCACAAAGCAUUCCGGGCUGAGACUUCGUUUCGAGCUUGGGGCGCGGAGGUUGAUGGAAUCAAGGGCUCCGUGGGGGCCCCGAAGGAGAUGCGCAAACAGCUGUGGGUUCUGAUUGAGAAGAUCGUUGCAGGUGGCUACGUUUGUCAAGACGUGCUUCGAAAGAUUGUGGGGCGUCGGCUGGCUGGCACGGUCCUGGCAACAGAUGCGACGCCUACGGCAGGCGGCGCGGUCCUUGCGAGAGCGGUGCGGAUCGAUCGCGACAGUGAUCUUUGCUUAGAUGCGGAGGUCCCUGCCGAGCCCUCGAAGUUCGCCAGCGUGGCGCGAGCUCUACGACGAGAGUUGAUGCGCAUGGCCGCGGACCCAGCUUGGAAGUGGUUACAGAAGUUCGGUGUGGGCGAGCGAAGCCACAUGACAGGCGUGGAGGUGUUCACGAG